GUAGUAGUACUAUUUUAGCACUAAAGCAGUUGAUGAAAAUCAAACGAUCUAACCUAACUUUUCAAAUAAUCAUAGUACCAAACAGCAACGCCCCCUACACAACUCCUUAUACUACGCCUAUGUUCGACAAGCGAAAGCAAGAGGGCGAGAGAAGAUCUCAUAGACGCCAUAAGUGUACAGUGAAUAGUUGAUUAUUUUUGUUAAAAUUUUGAUAAUAUACUGGCAGCAAUGUUGCUAGGUCAGUAACCGGUGACUUGUUAACCUGUGAUGAACACCGCUCUGACUUCGCCAAAUUCGCUGUCUAAUCAGCAGUCGUCUCCGCCGCCACCAGCGCCACCUAGCGGCAAAGACAAGGAGCACGCCCAUCCAGCAGCCUCAGGCAAAAACAUGCACCCCCAGGGGGCGCAAGCGACCGCUUUUGGCCAAUCGCAGAAUGUCUUUCCCAACAUGAAUGCGGCACAUAGUCAUCCAAAUGCUCAACAGAAUCAUUUUUCGAUGGGCAGCUUUAAUAUGGGUGCCAUCCAACCCAGCAACCACCCAGUUGCCAGUCAGCAGCAGUCAAAUGCUGGUGGACCCCAAUUGUUCAACCCAUCCAAGAGUGGGCCCUACUCCGCCACUUUCCAGGGUAAUAUUGUGCAUCAGACACAUCAGAAUCAAACAAAUCUGCCUCCAGUGAGCCAGGCUUUACCUCCAACCUCACAGCAACACUCAAGUGCUGUUACUACUGGAGCGUUGUCCAAUACUCCAGUUCCAUCUACAGAUGUAGGGAAGCCACAAGCAAAUGGAACCAGCGAAGUCAGUUCAGCACCGACUAAGGUGGAUUCGUCUUCAACAGGAAACCAUGUUUCUUCAUCAGCAGCUCAACCUGCACAGACACCGCCAGGUGUACAGAAACAAGAAAAAUCCAAAUCACCCAUUAGUACAACAGCAGUUCCAGAACAUCCGAAACCACAAGUCCAAGAUCAGAAAAAACCUGUCCAAGAAACUCCACAGCCAGCACCAGCACUUUCUAAACCAUCCACUCAGGAAAACGGCGAAGAAAAAGCUCCUGCUGUUCAAGAAUCCCUAUUAUCUCCAGCAGUGCUACCGAUCUUAGAAACCCCCAUAAAGCCUGCAGAAGAUAGCGAAACACUUAAAGACACAACUACACCAACAGUAACACCAACGGCGACAGCGUCGACUUUGGCGGCUUCUCAACCUGAGCAGAUAUCAACCAAUGAAAAGAACAGCGUUGCUGAGGUAGCAUCAAAACAGGCGUCAGUACCUAUUACAGAACCGAGCCAAGGUGAGAGCCGAAUGGAGCAGGAUUUACCCGAAGCUGUUGAGGAGGUGGCUGUCGAUGCAGAAAAGUCUGAGGAGCCGCUAUCGACAGCAGGCCAAACGCCAAAGAAAGACCCGUUGGCGCUGCCCACGAAACCCGCCGCACCUGCAGCAACCGCCACAUCUACCCCAAGCCCCGUGCGUGCCAUUCGUAAAGCAAAGACCGUUGCCGCUAAAGCAGCUGCGCUUGCCAAUGAACCGAAGACGCCCACGCCCGGAAGCAGCUUACAGAGGUCACCAUCUACUGGUGGCAAAACGAAACGCCAGCGGAUCCGCACCCAACACUACCAAAGCCCUCUGCCGGAGAUUGAGAUCGUCACCAAGAUGACCUCGACGACGCCAAGGUCCAAAGGAUCGGACGAAAAGUUGAUCUACUUUUACAAAAAUGAAUUUCUGGCAGUGAGAAAUUCUGAAGGUGGUUUCUACAUUUGUCAAGCUGUACAGAAUAUAUACAAAUCCUCUUCAAAAAUAAAAAUACGUUGGUUAUCUCAAGACAAGGAUGACACGACUGGAGAACUGUACACACCUGACUUUUACGACUUAACAGGUACAAAAUACCAAUGGUAAUUUCUUAAUUUACAUUUUGCUAAGUGAUAUUUUUGCAGAUUUCGAUUGUAUUCUUACUAGCCUAGACCUGCAGAGAGUGGAAAAGGGUAAAUUUAGGUUAAAACCGGCUGAAAAAGAAAGAACUGACAGUAUACUGAAGAGAUGCUUAGCUGUAGAAAAGGGUGAAAUUGUGCCACCUUCAUUGUCAGAAGAGCACCCUGACGGAUUGGAUCUAUCUUUGUACAAAGACGAAGAACAGCUCAAAAAGAAGGGCACCAAACGUAAGUCGCGGCCCGCUUCCAAAUCCCCUGCCAAGAAAACCUUGGCUACCAAAAAAUCACCUGAGGUAGCCAAGGUGAAGAAACCUAAUCCGAAAGCGGCGAAAAAAACGACGGCUCCGCCCAAAAAAGCUGCUGCCCCUGCGCAGACCAAGAAAACCACAGCCGUAGAACAGAAGAAACAAGCGGUGUCGACGGCCGGAAGCAAAGCCGCCAAAGGUAGGAGA